GUAGUGUGCCUCUUAUCUCUCAGGAGUCCAGUGUCUCUCUUCAACUGAAUCCUCUCAUUUUCAUUUUCAGUUUCCUGGAUUUUUGCCCAUCUUCUCAAGAAAAUACUUUGUGGGUUUUAGGUUUCUAGCUCUCUUUUUAAACCACUGGUUGUAGCUAGUGGCUGAGAAAUUAAAGCAGUCUCUCCAACGGUGGUGGUGGUGGUGAUUCGAGACAUUUAUUCCAUUAUUCCCCUUCUUUUUCCGGUAAAGCAAUUGGGUCACAGCCUUCCUUUUCUUUUCUUUUCUUUUAACCUCUGCAACUUUCCUAGAAAAUUUCUUACUUUUGCUUUGUAUCACUACCAGUCCAUCGUUACUCUUUCAUUCACUCUCCAUAUCUCUGUGUCUGCUUUCCAUACUGUUGUUUAAUCUUUACCCAGUUUGGGUUCCUUCAGAAUAGUUAAUAUUUUCCCAUUUCUCUCUUUUUUAGAGCAACUUUCCUUGAAAUUUCUCGUCCUUUGAGCAUUCAGUCAUCGUUUCAAGCUUCUCUUUAACGUUGUCUUCUUUCUCUCUCAACUUUCUUUAUAUCCUCUGUCUCUCUUUCUUUAUUCUCCCUCGUGUCCGGUCUCAAGAAGAAUCUCCUCCCUUUUCUUCCCUCUAUUUCUCGCUCUCCUCCUCACUCUCCCCACGCUCACUUCACUUUCAAUGCGAAUCUGAAAGUACCCAAAACCCCAGAAAAGAAAAGAGUGAACAAAAAACCAUUGAAAUGGAUCGAGACAGUCUUAUGCCUAUGAAUUCAAUCAAGUUCAGUGAGCACCGAAAUCUUACCAAACUUGUAAGGCCAUUACCAAAUCCGACGCCGGAGAUCAAACCACCAAGAGUUGUUAGGAUAUCAGUAACAGACGCAGAUGCCACCGACUCGUCCAGUGACGAUGAAGGUGAGGUCUAUAGGCGACAGAGAGUGAAGAAAUUUGUUAACGAGAUUACAAUAGAGUCGUGUUCGGGUGAAAGCGAUGCUAUUUGGAGAAGCAGGUCAUCGAGGAGUAGCCGGAGAAAGUGUUUCGCCGGAAAAUCGAGCAGUGGGCCGGCGAGUCUGCUGCCUGUGAAGGGUACAACAUCGGGAGCAGGGAAGAAGUUCCGAGGUGUGAGACAGAGACCUUGGGGAAAAUGGGCGGCUGAGAUCAGAGAUCCUCUGAGACGUGUACGGUUGUGGCUGGGUACCUACGACACGGCUGAAGAAGCUGCAAUGGUUUAUGACAACGCGGCUAUCCAACUGCGUGGACCCGACGCUCUCACAAAUUUUGUUACCCCUCCAGCUAAAAGUUCGGCGCCAACAAAGCCGGAGGUUAGUUCCGGUUACAACUCUGGCGAGGAGUCUCACAACAACAACGCUAUCUGCUCUCCAACUUCUGUUCUUAGGUUUCCCUCAACGUCCUCCAACGAAGAAGCCGAAUCUCAAGCCGGAAUUUCCAGUUCCAGCAAAGAAGCCCGAGAAAUCAAAGAAGAGUCGAGCGUAUCCGAGAAUUUCUCGGAGUUUUCAGGGUAUCCUUCGAUCGACACUCUGUUUCCCGACGAUGUUUUUGACUUCCAGAGUUCCAUGCACGACAUAUUUAACGAAACAAGUAUGCAAGACGGAUACCUAAAAGACGAUUUCGAGGACAUGUUUGUGGACUCCACUGCGGAUUUUGGAUUCGGAUUCGGAUCCUCCAACUGGAAUGUGGAAGACCAUUUCCAAGAUAUUGGGGACUUAUUCGGGUCGGAUCCUCUCAUAGCCAUCUGAACGGGCAUUGUCGGUUCGGUGGUAAAUUUUUGUAUGGGCGGGGAGACAAGCAUCGGAUGUGUUCUUAGUAUCACAUGUUUGUGGACAUGUUUGUGGACUCCACUGCGGAUUUUGGAUUCGGAUUCGGAUCCUCCAACUGGAAUGUGGAAGACCAUUUCCAAGAUAUUGGGGACUUAUUCGGGUCGGAUCCUCUCAUAGCCAUCUGAACGGGCAUUGUCGGUUCGGUGGUAAAUUUUUGUAUGGGCGGGGAGACAAGCAUCGGAUGUGUUCUUAGUAUCACUUUGUUUUUUUUUUUUUGUUUUUUGAAAGCAAAGAAUUUGUUUGAUGUGCGGAGAUAAUAUUUUAAUGAAAAGAAGAAGACCGUCACGGUAACGGUGACGGCAGAGUUUUUGGGUCCA